AGGCGCAACCUCCCUAGGGCGUCCUCUGCGGCGGGCGAACUAGGCCGUGGGACCCAGGCGGAGGCCGGUGUCGCGCGCCCGAGAGUGGACUGUCUCCGCCACGCACCGCCGCCGCCAUGCCGGACAGCUGGGACAAGGAUGUGUACCCCGAGCCCCCGCGCCGCACGCCGGCGCCCUCGCCGCAGACCUCGGUGCCCAACCCCGUAACCUAUUUGACGAAGGCCUUCGAUGUCCUCGUGGACCGGCCGGUGACCCUAGUGAGAGAGUUUAUAGAUCGGCAGCAUGCAAAGAACAGGUAUUACUACUACCACCGGGAGUUCCGCCGUGUGCCAGACAUCACAGAGUGCCAGGAAAAGGAUGUCUUGUGCAUGUUUGAAGCAGAAAUGCAAUGGAGAAGAGACUAUAAAGUGGAUCAAGAAAUCGUCAACAUUAUCCAGGAGAGGCUGAAGGCCUGUCAGCAGCGGGAAGGUGAGAGCUACAGGCAGAACUGUGCCAAGGAGCUGGAGCAGUUCACCCAGGUGGCCAAGGCCUACCAGGACCGCUAUCACGACCUGGGAGCCCAUUAUUCUGCUAGGAAGUGCCUGGCUAAACAGAAGCAGCGGAUGCUGGCAGAGAGAAAAGCUGCUAAAGAGGCUGCUGCUGCCUAAGGCAGCUCCUUGAGCCUCUUUACAAGAUUAUCCUCAAAAUAAAAAAAUAAGAAAUCAGUUUCUGGUAACACCUUUGAUCUCCAACCUUGACCUACUAAUGACUUGGUUUAUCUCCCUUUAAAUUCAACUACUGAAGAGAAAUAAAGAAAGGCACUAUUAACAA